UUAGGACCAAACAGUAUAGCAAAAUCCCUAAAACCCCAAAUCACAGCAACUAGAGCUUCAACUGAGCAUGCCGACCAUCAAGAUUCCGGCAAAGUUUAUCAAGAGGUUCAUCGGGAUGAAGUCUGGAGGCGUCUACAAUUGCGUAAUCCCGAAAACCCCAAAUCGCAUCAACUUUCAACAAAGCAUGCCGACGAUCAAGGUUCCGGCACAGUUUAUCAAGAGGUUCAUCGGGAUGAAGUCUGGAGGCGUCUACAAUUGCCUAAUCCCUAAAACCACAAAUCGCAUCAACUUUCAACAAAGCAUGCCGACGAUCAAGGUUCCGGCACAGUUUAUCAAGAGGUUCAUCAGGAUGCAGUGUGGAGGCGUCUACGAUUGCCACGGCGCUCUAAACAGCGCAGAGAUCGAAAGCCUCGCUCGUUUCGCUGUUCAGGAAUUCAACAAGAAAGAGAAUGCACUGCUCGAGUUUGCAAGGGUCUUAAAGGUCAGAGAGCAGGUGGUUGCUGGUAUGAUGUACUAUCUUACUCUGGAAGCAAUGGAUGCGGGAAAGAAGAAGAUAUAUGAAGCCGAAGUCUGGGUGAUGCCAUGGAUGAACUUUCAGGAGUUGCAGAAAUUCAAGCAUGCUGGGGAUGGCCCUUCCUUUGCCUCUUCAGACCUUGGUGCUAAACAAGGGAGAACACGUUAAGAAGGAUGAUGAGGAAGGCGUCCGCGAUUGCCUAAAGCCUUGCUCUUUUCGCUGUUCAGGAAUUUAACAAGUAUUCUCUCAAAUACCCUCUCAUUUUGUUCUUUGUCGCGUACAUUCUGCCUGGAAAUGGAACAUGGUGCUUUUUUUUUAAUAACAAGGAACUUAUCCAUCUGAGAC